GCCGCGGCCGACGACGGCCCGGACAGUUCGUCGCACCCUCCCACCAAAGUUCCGGGGAAAUCCGGGGCGGGCGUACCGCCGACGAGAGCUCUGGAGUCUGGAGCAGAUCACCGUCAUUUGGCGUUUGACGUGCCAGCCUGCCGGUCGUGUGCCGUUUUGCCCGUCGCCUGUCCUCGUCCGAAGACACCCAGCGCCCGACGGCCAUUUUCGAACGACAACCGCGGCCGCCGCCCGGCGUGUUGAUACUUUAUUUUUUUCGAGAAAGACGUGAAAAAUCCAACAUAAAGCGCAAAACAUGCCGAGAAGAACUAGAAAACAACGUAGAACAAAGAGAAAUUAUAAAAAAUUUAGUGGCUUUAGCGAAUUCAAAAUGCUGGAGAAAUUAAUAUUUUCAUCUUUCGAUUUUGAUGGAUUUCCACCUCACACGAAGCUUGAAGCUCUUGAAUGGCUCUGUCAAAAAAUUGAAUGCGAUUUUUGUGCUUGUUACAUGGUUGAGAUGGCUACAGACGCUUGCUGUACAGCUUGUUUUCAACAAUGGGCGUUUUUGAACGAUGGUAGAAAAUGUCCACUAUGCUUAAAAGAGACUAAAGACGCAAUGACCAAAGAGCAAGCGAAUACACUUUGCAAGUUGGUGGGUUUGAAUACGAAACAAUUAGGUCCACGUCGGCACUACACACAAGCACUCAUUAAAAACCGCCUUCCGUUGAUCACUGGUGCCAUUCCAAAUUAAUGCAUAAUCGCUGAAACGUACAAAUAUUAUACUUCAUAAAUGUAGAAUCGCAAAUAGUAAAAUUAUUAAUUAACUUAAAUUAUUUAAAACAAAAAAAAUAUAUUAUCUUUUAUGCCUUCUAAAAUGCUAAUAAGUAGGACUGU